GCGGCGCCUCGGUACCGGAAGGGGCAGGGCGCUUGGCUGGUUUCCUGGCGACGCGGCCGGGCUGGCGGAUUCUUUACCAGCUGCUUGUACUUUCUCUUCCUGACGCGUGGGUGCUGGCCAUGCCUUCCCUGCUCUCAACCCCCAAGCUGGUUCCCGUUAUAGCAAGGCUCCGCGGCCUCUCAGGAUGCAUGUCAUGUUUACAGCGAAGGUACUCCCUUCAGCCUGUGCCGAAGAAGAUUCCAAACCGGUACUUAGGCCAGCCCAGCCCAGUUACACAUCCACACCUCCUCAGACCAGGGGAGGUGACACCAGGACUGUCCCAGGUGGAAUAUGCACUUCGAAGACACAAGCUGAUGGCUCUGGUCCACAAGGAAGCACAGGAGCACAGUGGAACCGACCACACAGUGGUGGUCCUCUCUAACCCUACGUACUACAUGAGCAAUGACAUCCCCUACACAUUCCACCAGGACAACAAUUUCCUGUAUCUGUGUGGAUUCCAGGAGCCUGACAGCAUUCUGGUCCUUCAGAGCUUCUCUGGGAAGCAGUUGCCAUCCCAUAAGGCCAUGCUUUUUGUGCCUCGGAGAGACCCUGGUCGAGAACUGUGGGAUGGCCCUCGGUCUGGCACGGAUGGAGCAAUAGCCCUAACUGGGGUGGAUGAAGCCUACACCCUGGAAGAAUUUCAACACCUAGUACCUAAACUGAAAGCUGAGACGAGCAUGGUUUGGUAUGAUUGGAUGAAGCCUUCUCAUACACAGCUUCACUCAGACUACAUGCAGCAUCUAACUGAAGCCAAAGCCAGGAGCAAGAACAAGGUUCGGAGUGUCCAGCAGCUGAUCCAGCGCCUCCGGCUAGUUAAAUCUCCUGCAGAGAUUAAGAGAAUGCAGAUUGCUGGGAAACUGACAUCAGAGGCUUUCAUAGAGACCAUGUAUGCCAGUAAAGCUCCAGUAGACGAAGCCUUUCUUUAUGCAAAGUUUGAAUUUGAAUGCCGGGCCCGAGGUGCAGACAUCUUAGCCUACCCACCUGUGGUUGCAGGCGGCAAUCGCUCGAACACUUUGCACUAUGUGAAGAACAAUCAGCUCAUCAAGGAUGGUGAGAUGGUGCUUCUUGAUGGAGGUUGUGAAUCUUCCUGCUAUGUGAGUGACAUCACCCGGACAUGGCCUGUCAAUGGCAGGUUCACCGCACCUCAGGCAGAGCUCUAUGAAGCUGUUCUAGAGAUCCAGAGAGCGUGUUUGACACUGUGCUCUCCUGGGACAAGCUUGGAGAACAUCUACAGCGUGAUGAUGACACUAAUGGGACAGAAGCUGAAGGAUCUGGGGAUCAUGAGGAGCAGCAAAGAAAGCGCCUUCAAGGCUGCUCGGAAAUACUGCCCUCAUCAUGUUGGCCAUUACCUUGGAAUGGAUGUCCAUGACACUCCAGACAUGCCUCGCUCACUCCCUAUGCAGCCUGGUAUGGUGAUCACAAUUGAACCAGGCAUUUAUAUUCCAGAGGAUGACAGAGAUGCACCAGAGAAGUUUCGAGGUCUCGGAGUACGGAUUGAGGAUGAUGUCGUGGUGACUCAGGACUCACCUCUGAUCCUUUCUGCAGAUUGUCCCAAAGAGAUGAAUGACAUUGAACAGAUCUGCAGCAGGAGCUCUUGACCCCACUGGAGCCGGUACAUCUCAGGUCCAAGACUGGCAUCCCAGCCUGUGUGCGCAGUCAGUGUCUCUGUGGGGGAUUAGACCCAGGUUCCAUGGGGAGUGCACAGCUGUAUGAUGGAUGUCCCUGGAUAUGAGGACAUUUUCAUGUUAAAUAGAUGUAAAUCUGAAAUGGUAAACUCUGGAACAAUCUGUUACUA